AUGAGACCCGCGAAUUCGCAUGAUUCCCUACUUGCUACAGGACGUCCUAGAAAAAAAUGCUGUGGAAUUUGUGAUUAUUCUUGUAGAAAUUUCUUCAAAAAGUGCUGUUCAAGAUGUAAACGAAAGAAAGAAUACAAUUCUCGAAUGGUUUGUAUUGGACGUCCCAAUCGUAUUCACAAUCUGCCCCCAAAUGUUAUUAGAAACAACAAAUAUAACAUCCUCACUUUUAUUCCCCUUGUGCUUUUUGAGCAAUUCAGCGUUUUCCUUAACCUGAUUUUCCUCAUCAUGGCUUGCUCACAGUUCAUCGAACCGCUUCGAGUUGGCUACAUCUAUACUUAUUGGGCACCUCUUUGCUUUGUAAUCUUCAUUACUAUGCUCAGGGAAGCUGUUGACGACAUACGUCGGUGGUGUCGUGAUAGGGAGGUUAACAAUGCUCUCUACACAAAAAUCGUUCGAAAGGGACAGAUGACUCUUACAAGUUCUAAGAUACAGAGUUUAUGCACUGCUUAG